GAUACAGUGUAACUGAGGCUCAUCGGCGGAGUUACGUGAGUUUUCCCAGCAGUCGAGUCGUCAAAUGACGCCCUAAAUGAUACAUAAGAAGAGGAAGAUGUGUUCGGCCAAAGCGUGCUUUGCGAGGAAGCAAAAAAGGACCUGAACAGCCACACACGAGUAAGAUGGAAAAAUGUAUCGCUGUUUAGUGCAGUCAACAGCCUUGGGCAACAAAUAUGGCUUCUUGUGCCUUUUUCAAUAUGCUAUAAAAAUUGAUCUCCCGUGCAAGCUAAUGCCGUGGUGGCUCCGGCUAACUUCUGCAAGCCACGAUAAGUUAAGUUCAUUAGUCGCUCGGUACUUUUGAUCGGUAAGGACAUAACAUCCACUUGGCUGUCUGGGUUAGCUGGGAAGCUACGGAACUACAGCGGAUAGCCAUGGAGCCAAAGCACAAAGAGUUGCUAGACCAGUGCCACCAGAACUUAUUGGAGUCCAUAACAGAUGCGGACCGAGUGAUCGAGCUGCUGAUAGAUUCUGGUACCUUGAGCCAGCUCGAUAGGUUCGAACUGGACCAGAAUUGUUCCUCCAGCGCCGAGAAAGUAGACCACCUUUUGAAGAUGCUGAUGAACAAGGAGAGCGACCAUUUCCUCGACCUGUGUGUGGCCCUGGAGAAGGCAUACCCUGACCUGUAUACUGCCCUGUUCAGCAACAACGGAGGGGGAGGACCUGUGGACCACUCCACGGGUUCCACAUACAGCGUUCUCUCCACUAUGCCCUCGGACUCAGAAAGCAGCAGCUCCCUCAGUAGUGUUGGUUCGCCCGUUAACGGUGAAGCUUCCUCCCCACCCCCGGCUAUCAACGACAACCGGCCUUCUGGCGACAACCUGGACACCAUCUUGUUCCAGCUCCGUCAGGUGACCAGGGAGAGGGAUGAGCUCCGUAAGCGUCUGGCGUUGGCAUCGCCGGGGACCACCUUCGACGACUGCAGGCCAAAUUCCAAAGCCAGCCACGACUAUGAGCGUAUGAAAAGUCAGUGCAUGAGGGCUAUGGCAGAUCUGCAGUCUCUCCAGAACCAGCACACCAAAACACUCAAGAGAUGCGAGGAUUCUGUAAAGGAGGCUGACUUCUACCACAUGCUGCACAGCCGCGUCCUGGCCGAACAGACGCAGCUGAAGGAGGAGAUGGAGACACUCAGGAGGGACAACGCCCAACUUGUACGAGAGCACAAUCACCUAAAACAGAACUGCGAGGAGCUCCAACGACUGCACAGCCAAGACCAGAAAGAGUUAGCAGACCUGCGGCUGCAGCAACAGCAGGUCAUGAGAGAGAAAGGCUCAUCGGAGGUGUUGAACAAACUGUACGACACAGCUAUGGACAAGCUGGAGGGCGUAAAGAAAGAGUAUGAUGCCCUGAGCAAGCGCUACAGUGAGAAGGUGGCCAACCACAACACAGACCUGAGCCGCCUGGAGCAGGCCGAGGAGGAGAACCGGAGGCUGCAGAAGCAGAUGGACGCGUUGCUCAAACAGCGAGACUCGGCCAUGCACUACCAGCAGCAGUACUCCACCUCGAUGAGGAGGUUUGAUUCAGUGCAGCAGGAGCUGAACAAGUCCUCAGCGCAGAACAAGGAGCUGCAGAGAGAGAUGGAGCGGCUGCAGUCGGAGGUGACGCGCUACAAGAACCUGCAGUUGAAGUCGGCCAAAGACUGCGAGAAGUACAAGGAGGAGAGGGACUCCGUGUUCAACGAGUAUCGUCUCAUCAUGAGCGAGAGGGACCAGGUGAUCAAAGAGCUGGACAAGCUGCAGACAGAGCUGGAGGCAGCCGAGGCCCGGCUGAAAAACACCUCCUCAGAGAGAGUGGUGGCCAGUGAGGAGUUGGAGGCACUCAGACAGGAGUUGAACUCGUCACUGGUUGACCGCGACAGGGCCAUCUGCGAGAGGAACGAGCUGCUGGAGAAGUACUGCCACGAGGUCAAGGACAAGGCCGAGGCUCAGAAGGAGCUGAGUCAGGCCUGCAAGGACAUCGAGAUGGUCCGGGAGGAGAGGGACGUGGCUCGCAAAGAGAGGACGGAGGCCAUCAUCCAAAGGGAUCAGUUGCUGCGAGAGUACUAUCAGGCCAGACAGAAACAAGACUCGGCCACCCUGGACAUGGAACGAGCCAAUAAGGAGAUCGAGAUGCUGAGGAAACAGUAUGAAGCCAUGUCCCAGGAACUGAAGGAGGCCACACAGGAGGCGGAGGUGGCCAAAUGUCGACGUGACUGGGCCUUUCAAGAGAGGGACAAAAUUGUGGCUGAGAGGGAAAGCAUAAGGACUCUGUGUGAUAACCUGCGGCGGGAGAGGGACCGGGCUGUCAGCGAUCUGGCCGAUGCGCUGCGUAAUCUGGACGAUAUGAGGAAACAGAAGAACGAUGCAUUACGAGAGCUCAAAGAGCUUAAGGAGAAGAUGGAAAGCCAGCUGGAGAAGGAGGCCCGGUUCUGUCAGCUAAUGGCCCACAGCUCACAUGACUCAGCCAUCGACACGGACUCCCUGGAGUGGGAGACGGAGGUGGUGGAGUUUGAAAAGGACAGGGACGACAUGGAUUUGAAGGCACUUGGAUUUGAAAUCGCUGAAGGGGUAAAUGAUCCGUAUUUACCAGGAGAUUGUGGAAUAUUUGUAACAAGGGUGGACAAAGGAAGUAUCGCAGACGGAAGGUUAAGAGUGAAUGACUGGUUGUUGAAGAUCAAUGACAUGGACCUGAUCAAUAAGGACAGGAAGCAGGUGGUGAAGGCCGUGCUUAAUGGCGGCGGGUUGAUCAACAUGGUGGUACGAAGAAGAAAGUCUCUGGGAGGAAGGUUCAUCACUCCUGUCCACAUCAACCUUGUGGGACACAAAGACAGUGGUAUCGGUCUGGAGAGCGGUGUGUUCAUCACAGCACUCGUUCAGGGCAGUCCAGCAGCCAGGGAAGGUUCUCUCACAGUUGGAGACAGACUGAUCGCUAUAAAUGGCAUUGCUCUGGAUAACAAAUCUGUGACAGAGUGUGAGGCUCUGCUGAGGAGCUGCAGGGACUCCCUUAGCCUCUCUCUCAUGAAGUUCUUCCCUCACAGCACAUCGGGCCUGAACAUCUUUGAGAGUCUGCGUGAGUCAUCGGAGAAAUCGAACGGACGCAUUCACCUGUCCGAGAUCCAUUCUCGGAACAGCCGCAACCUUAAACACAACAGCUCGACACAGACGGACAUCUUCUGCCCUGAUGUCGGGAGCAGCAGCACAAGUAGCAUCUCUGGGGAGCAGAGGAAGGUCAGAGGGGAAUCUGAUGAAGUGUACAGCGAUGAGCGCAAGCCGUUCUCCUCAGGUUCCCUCCAUGCCACUAGCCUUCGGCCGGCCUCUGACUUGGGCACCGGCCGUUAUGGGCCCAGUGCUUUCCAAGAGUGCUGUCCCUACACAAAGGCGCCUUCCUCCUUGCCUUUUGACCCUGUCUCUGCCUCAGAUUGCAUCACAAUGGAGACAACCCUGGAGAAGAAGCACAGCGGGGGCACGUGGCCCAAAAUGAUGGUGGGAGGAAUGUCGGUAGCACCAGAUAACAGCAGUCCAGUCACAGGAGCAGCCCAGCUCUCCAUCUACAAAUCCCCCAAACAGAGGAAGUCCAUAUUCGACCCGGACACUUUCACGCCCGAAACACCUUCCUCUAAAAUGGAGUAUAUGGCAGCCAAUCAGAUUGCAGCAGUAGCCGCCGCUGCCGCAUCUUCUCACUCCCCGCAGCCUUCAAAGUCAGAGUCCCUCUCCUCCUCAUCGACCCCAACCCCCCCAACCCCACCCACUCGCAGUGACUCCUUUAAAUUCAAACAUAAACAUCAGAGCAGCUCUGCCUCUGACUGCACCAUCACCUCUGAAGGUAAGGGAGAGGCGGCCAUUGCCAUGGCAGCAGGAGAGAGCAGAGAGAGGAGCGAGCGAGAAAGAGACAGGAAUGGAAACCACUACUUCCUGGACGGCAAGGUCCUGACCUCGAGGAAGUCGUGUGACGAGGACAUCGGCCGCACCCGAGGGGAAGAGCCAGAAGUGAAAAGGCCACGCCCUAAAUCUGCCCCCGCCCUCAGACGUAGGAUGACCCCCCAGACCAUCACUCUUCCCUCCUUCCAAAGCUACUCCAACGAUGAGCAUUCACCGGAGCCCAGAGACAUGCUGCGUUCCUCCCCCAGCCGCUCACACAGGCACAGCGUCGGCUUCGUCCCCACAGUCUACGGCAACGGCAGCCUACCUCCCAAUUCAGCCCACCGGGGUCUGUCUCCUUGCCCCGCUGUGACGGCCGUGAUGAGGAACCCUGUGUACACGGUGCGCAGUCACCGCGUUCAUACCAGCAACUGUCCAUCUAUCUCCUCCCAGAUAUGUCACCAGCACACCCACACCAGCCCACAACACCAGGGUCGUCUGAGCCUGGACCUGAGCCAGCAGAAGCGCACGAGUGACUACUCUGAAACGUCAUCGUCACGAAGCAGCCGAGCUUCACACGGUACAAACUCACUGCCCUCCAGCGCUCGACUCGGUUCUUCCAAUAAUGUCCAGUACCGCACAGAGAGGAUCAAAAUACCUUCCACUCCACGCUACCCCCGCUCAAUGCUGGGCUCAGACAGAGGCUCUCUGUCGCACUCCGAGUGCAGCAGUCCCAGUCUUAUCACACCUCCACAAUCACCACUCAAUCUGGAGACUUCCUCAUUUGCCAGCAGCCAAUCUCAAGGCUCCAUUUCCACUUUGCCUCGCAUCUCAGUCAGCCCUUUGCCGAUAGGGGAGCGCAGGAAAGACAGGCCAUACUUGGAAGAACCCCGCAAUGUCGUUGUGCAGAAAGGCGCAGAGCCUCUGGGCAUUUCCAUAGUCAGCGGGGAGAACGGAGGCAUCUUUGUCUCUAAAGUAACUGGAGGAAGCAUCGCCCACCAGGCAGGAUUGGAGUAUGGAGACCAAUUACUGGAGUAUAAUGGUAUCAACCUGCGUAACGCUACGGAGCAGCAAGCCCGCCUCAUCAUCGGCCAGCAGUGUGACACCAUCACCAUCAUGGCCCAGUACAACCCACACAUGUACCAGCUGGGAAACCACUCGCGCUCCAGCUCCCGUCUGGAGCCAGCCAGCACUCAGUCGACCCCCCAGGGGAGCGGAGCCGCCACUCCCGACAAUCACUCCACCAUCGACACACUCAGCGAACAGGACGAGGGCACGCUCACUCCUUCCUCCAAGCAGACCACACCCAAUACCAGUCCCCACAAUUUCAUCAGAAUGCCGUCUGAGGGCAGCAGGAAGGCGGUGGAGCCACGGAUGGUGACGGUGCGCCGGCCCGGGGUGGAGGUGGGGGUCAUACUCUGCGGAGGCAACCUACGUGGCGUUUACAUAGAGAGCCUGGAUGAGGACAGUCCUGCCAGAGGCCCCGACGGGCUGCUUCCUGGGGACCUCAUUCUGGAGUACAACUCGGUGAAUAUGAAGAACAAGACGGCCGAAGAGGUGUACGUGGAGAUGCUGAAGCCUGCAGAGACGGUCACAUUGAAGGUGCAGCAUCGGCCAGAGGACUUCAGCGCACUCAAAGGCGUUCCAGGAGAUGGCUUUUAUAUUCGAGCACUUUACGACCGUACGGGGGAGGCGGAGGGGGACCUCAGUUUUAAGAAGGAUGACAUCCUGUACGUGGAUGAGUCUUUACCAAAGGGCAGCUUUGGGACGUGGAUGGCCUGGCAGCUAGAUGAGAACGCACAGCAGAUCCAGAGGGGGCAGAUACCCAGCAAGUACAUGAUGGACCAAGAGUUUUACCGCAGACACAGUGUGACAGAAAUGAAGGAAGACUCCGGUAAGACGCUCUCUGCAGCGGCCCGCAGAUCCUUCUUCAGGAGGAAACAGAAACACAAACGAAGCAGCUCCAAAGACAGCAAAGAGAUGGUGGCUAUGGACACAGUCAGCACGGACUCCAUCCCCUUCCUUGAUGAUUGUGUGAGCCUGGCAUACCAGCGGGUCCAGAAGGUGGAGUGCGCUUCUCCAAGACCCGUACUCAUUCUGGGGCCGCUCACUGACGCUGUCAAGGAGAUGCUGGUCAAAGAAUCUCCUGGGAAGUUCUGCAGAUGUGUACUGGAGGUGAUGAAGGCAUCCCAGCAAGCCAUCGAGCGGGGCGUCAAAGACUGCCUCUUCAUCGACUACAAGCGCAGAAGUGGCCAUUUUGACGUGACCACUGUUGCUUCAAUAAAGGAGAUAACGGAGAAGGGAUGUCACUGUUUGCUCGACAUCGCCUCGCACGCCAUUGAGAGGCUCCACAGCGUUCACAUUUAUCCAAUUGUUGUAUUCGUCCGCUACAAAAACGCAAAGCAGAUCAAAAAAGAUUUCUCUCCCAAGACCCUCACUGGCAAAAUAAUUAACAGGGAGCAGAAAGAUCCGGUUUAUCUGCGGGACAAAGUAUCUCAAAAACAUUCCAAGGAGCAAUUUGAAAGUGCGCAGAAGAUAGAGCAAGAGUACAGCAAAUUCUUCACAGGUAUCGUCCAAGGCGGCACCCUCCCCUACAUUUGCACUCAGAUCAUGACUAUAGUUGAUCAAGAACAAAGUAAAGUCCUGUGGACUCCACUCGGCUGCCCCUAGAGGAGACUGGCUGCCACUACAGUGAGCUGCGGCCCUCAUCUCCAUUCCCCAAACACUAAUUAACUCUUUCACACUAUACCAAUAGGUACACUACAGUAAGCAAGUUAUGUAAAUUAUUGAUAUUUUUUUAUCUGUCUUUGUCUUGAUUUAUAAUCAGAGCCUCCAUUUAUUUCUGACGUGCUGCGGAGCAGGUUGGUAGCACUGGAACCUCGACGUUAAAAGUUCAGUCAGUCUUCCCUAAGGGUUUCUGCUGGUGUAUUUGUAAUGCUGCAUUGUAAGCGUCCGUUUACAGUCAAAAGAUGAGUCUGACUAUAGGUGUUCAAUAUUUUCUUGAAUGGGUGUCCCUCCCCCUGUACACAAACCUCAACACUAAUGAAGUUCAGCCCCACCCCUCCCCCUUGUACCAAAUUAACAUUUGUGGUUUCCCUAAAAUUAUGCACCAGUUUAACGACGACUGACAACUAAUUGUGUUUGUGAUUUGUGAGUGAGUGUGUGUGUGUGUGUCUGUGUGAGAGAGAGAAAGAGAGAGAGAAAAUAAUGAGACCGUUGUACACAAUUGUAUUGACAAUGUCAGUUUAAUCAAGGUCGUGUAUUAGCAUAAAUACGAUGCUGUAGAAAUGGAAUGCCAGGAUCAGAUAUGACAUUCCUCGUGAUGUUUAUCAGAACAUGCAAAAAUCAUCACACCUCUUUUAAUUAUGUAGCUGUGGUUUUACUGGCGCUGACUGCCAGCAGGGACGGCCAUGUUAACUCCAAACACAUCGAUGUUUGCUCUAUGCAUUGUGUUUCUAUAGUAGCUGGGUGUGUGAACAGUUUAGGGUUUGGAAGUGCCUUCGGAGAAGAAGCCUGAUCUGAAACCAGCCCCUUGGUCACAGAGCAAGAACUUGAAAAAAAGUUUCCAUUGCAUCACUUCACACACCAUGGACAAGACGAUUUAGAGGCUGAUUUGAGACCAGUAAAUUGUAGCGCGCAUGACAAUGGUGAGGUUUUGAGGUUUGGCUGAAGCAGCAGCCAACAGGUUAACUCCUCAGAGUGCACUCCAGGGCUAGACAGACCACUGUGUAACUAUCAUUCUUUCUCUUUAACAAAUAUUUAACAACAAUAUAGAGUAUAACAUAUACAGUAUGCAGAUACAACUGAAAAAAAGAAACAUAUAUAUAUAUAUAUAUAUAUAUAUAUAUAUAUUACAUGUAUUUUCACUAGGUCAUACGCCUAGGAACGUCUGGCUGUUGAGUCAUGUCUUAGCAGGUAUUAGCAUGUUUUUAAAAAAGAAUUUAUUUUUGUUUCUCUGUGGUUGGUUGUCAGUCACUUAUCGAUGUACUCGUUAAAAGAGACACUAUGAAGCAAAGUGUGCAGGGUAAUAUCAAAAGGGUUUUACUCUGCUCUGUUUAAAUGUUAGUGACUUUUCAUUGUUAUUUAAUUGUAUUUUUUAUUAAGAAAGGCAAAAGAUAUUGACUAAAAUAUUGUGCCCUUCCUCGAAACCAUAUCCUGUAUCUUAUUGUGCCAAAAUCCACUAAGGCAACUUUAUCCUUUUAUUUCUGUUUUGCACUUGUUUAUCUGUUAACCUUAAACAUGUAACUGUUCCUAGGUUUCCAAUAGACUACCAAUAGGUACUAUAAUUUCUACUGUAACUAAUACACGUUUUUAUCUUAUCACAUCAGUUCCUUACAUUUCAUUGAUGGCCUUUUAUUCUUAAUUAGAAAAAAAGGAUUCUUAUUUGAAUUAUUAAAAAGGGAUCUAUUCUUGCACAAUUUUUCAAAGGAAAAUUGGUCCACAAGUUUGACUAUUGGGCUAAAAAUACUAAGCAGAAGCAAACUGUAUUGUUACUAUUUUUCUGAGUAGAUAGCAUAUGUUAGAGAGGUACACCGUGAAAUGGUUGUAUGCUUAGGAAGAGUCUAGAUGCCAGGUACUGAUUGAACUUUUCUUUUAUUAAAGAGAAUGUGAUUUGUAUGUUGAGACAUUAACAUGAGAAUAAAACUCAUUUUCUGUAUCACG